AUGGUUGCGAUCUUCUGCGCACUCCUCUGCGCUGCGCUGGCAGCCGCGGAACAUUCUGGAGCGUACUCAUCGCCGCAGUACGCUAAGAAGAUGUACCCGAAGAGGAAUUACGACGCCAGUGCUUUCCUGCCUCGCGAGAAGCCCUCGUUAGCAUUCAAUAAAGAAGAGUCCAUAGACAGAUACGACGGCAGUGGAAACGACACCAGCCCGUACGGACGCUCUUCGUUCCUCGGCUCCGCGGGGAAUUUGCUGAGCAACGCCGGCGGGCAGGUCAUGUCUAGCUUGGCGAACGACUUCCUAGCGAGGUCCACUGGAAGCAGCCAGGAAGCCGAAUUAUCGGGCGGACAAUCAACCACGUCCAUCUGCCGUCGCGACUACUUAGCGACGGUCAACCCUUUGUCGUCGACACGUGGCAACGCUGACCAGUCGGAGGCUGCUGCUAAUCCAAUACACCUCGUGAUGCGUUUGUCGUGUCCGACGCCAAGUAAUCCCAUUCGGCGGGGAUUAUCCCCUCCCCAGAGUGGACAACAAACCCCGAACAAACUGUUCCUCACCGAGGACGAAAUUCUUUUGUACCUGAGCUACUUGACCGGCCAGCAUAGCAAGGACUACGGUUGCUUGUACCGUCUAUCCUGCCAAAGACCUCACCAAGCUUCCCUUUACUCCUCGGGGGCUGAGCUGAUGUUACAGGGAGCCAAGUUAUGGCAAGGAAAUAGCAUAGAACUGACAGAGUACGAAAACAUCACCAGUGGUAUCAAACAGGCCUCCGUUUGGGGAGAAGAAGGUAAACCGUGUAAACAAUUAUACAAGUGUGAA